AUGGGUCCCUUCUCGAAGAUCAAGGGCUCGAAGCCCAACCGAGAAGCUACUGCACAUGCUCAAGAGGAAGCCCCCGAGUUCGAGCAUGUCACUUGGUAUCGCGAUCCUGGGCUAAGGAAGCUGUACUGGCACGCCUUCAUCCUCUGCAUCGCUUCUGCUAGCACUGGCUAUGAUGGGAUGUUCUUCAACUCUGUCCAGAACUUCGAAUCAUGGAAGGAGUACUUUGACUACCCGAGCGACCACCUCCUUGGUCUACUGGCUGCGCUUUAUCAGAUUGGCAGUCUAGGUUCCAUCCCAAUCGUCCCGUACUUCACGGAUCAUUGGGGCCGUCGACUGCCUAUCGUCAUCGGAGGUGUGAUCACCAUUGCCGGUGCUGCGCUCCAGGCCUUCUGCCAGAAUAUGGGGGGUUUCAUGGGUGGUCGAGUCCUGCUUGGCUUCGGGAAUUCAUUCUCCCAGAUGGCUUCGCCGAUGCUUCUCACGGAAAUCGCCCACCCUCAACAUCGAGCAAGGCUCACUACCGUGUAUAACUGCCUUUGGAAUGUUGGAGCUCUACUUGUCGCGUGGACAUCCUUCGGUACCGACUUCAUGGACAAUGAGUGGUCGUGGAGAAUCCCAGCUCUCUUGCAGGCCCUCCCAUCGGUCAUUCAAGUGAUUGGGAUCUGGUGGGUACCUGAGUCGCCACGAUAUUUGAUCGCCAACGACAAGCUUGACCAGGCUAUGACGAUUCUGGCCAAGUACCACGCCAACGGAAAUGUGGAGCAUCCGACUGUGAAGUUCGAGUAUCGUGAGAUCACUGAAACCAUCAAGAUGGAACAGGCUGCCAAGGAGCACAGCAGUUAUCUCGAUUUCUUCCGCACUCCCGGCAACCGAUAUCGGUUUAUGAUCCUUAUAUCGCUCGGGAUUUUCAGUCAGUGGUCCGGGAACGCAAUAAUUUCCAAUUACACGAAUAUCCUGUACGAAAAUGCUGGUAUUCCCGGCUCGACAGAAAAGCUUGGCCUUUCCGCCGGCUCAUCAAUGGUUUCUCUCAUUGUUUCCCUCUCCUUCGCGCUUCUGGUUGAUAAAUUCGGCCGCCGACCCAUCUUUCUUCUCUCGACAGGAGGCAUGUUUGGCACGUUCAUCUUCUGGACCCUUACCUGCGCUCUUUACGAAGAGUACGGUUCACCGGGCGCAAACCAUGCCAUGAUCUUCUUUAUCUGGGUAUUUAACGUCGCAUAUGCGAUCGCGUGGUCUGGCCUCCUGAUCAGUUAUGCCGUCGAGAUUCUACCUUACACGUUGCGAGCUAAGGGAUUGAUGAUUCUGAACGUCGCGAUUCAGUCAGCGCUGACGCUCAAUAACUACGCUAAUCCAGUCGCUUUGGACUACUUCGAAGGCGAGACCUGGAAGCUGUACCUCAUCUACACAUGCUGGAUCUUCCUUGAGCUCUGCUUCGUCUUCUUCAAGUAUGUUGAGACGAAGGGGCCGACUCUUGAGGAACUUGCCAAAGUUAUCGACGGAGCGCACGCGCAAGUGGCACAACUUGAUAUCCAGCAAAUUGAGAAGGAGUCACAAAUUCGUAAUGGUCGUGAUAGUGAGAACGCGGACGGUGUGUCUCGGAUUAUUCAGUCUACAGACGGCAAAGACCUCCACCGGAACUGA